ACUUAUCAAUCAACCGGACUAAUUCUUGAAACUUCGUCCUCGCUCUGCCAUUUUAAAACCAUCUACACGCUACACCCAAAAAUAAAGCAACAAAGACACUUUUUUCACACCCUCCUAUCUUUCCAUCCUUCAGCAUUUAUAACUAACCACGCUUACACACCGGAAAGGAGCAACAAAGAACACCCAUUUUUCCAACUCUUUAAGAUCGGGUCAAAUCUCUCUAAACUAGCUCCAAAUCUGUUCAGACCACCAUGGAUGACUAUUGGAGAAGCCAUGUGCCGGCUUUCGGCAGCUGGGAUUGCGCUGAUGAUCAUGACCUCCCUUUUACUCAGUGUUUUGACUCGGCGAGGCAACCCGGGUUGGUUCACUACAGUUACCCGGAACUAGAUCGUGAUUUGUAUGUCGCCGGCGACUUGUACGAGAACGACGUGGUUACUCCGGCCAUGAUCGUUGUUCCUCGUCGAAGGGAAAAAGCAGGUUACCCACAUGUGAAAGAGGCGGAAAAGGAGGAGUGGGCGGCAUGUGAUGUGAAGGAACCACCGAGUCCGGUUGGGCCGCCGCCGAGAAAAGCUCCGAAACCGGUGGACGAAGAUCUCUACCGGAUCUCGCCGGAGCUCCUCCGUGCUAAAUCCAAAAGAAAGAGAGGAUGUGGUUUCUUUUCCAGCUGCCUGCAACCGAGCUGUGAUUCUUGAAUCUGCAUGGAUGGGUAGAGCAGAGCUUAUAGUAAUAUGGAAAAAGGGACAAUGAGGAAAACCUUUUAUCAUGCCUGUGUCUGUGUGUGGGGGGUACUAAUAAUUACAGUACCUUUUUUGUGUGCCAAAAGAGAUUGUUGGCCUGAGAAGAUGAAACUUCCAUUUGAUGUAGUAGUAAUGGCUAAAGGGACCGAUCAAAAGAAAGGUUAAUGGUUAUAGCCUUGUAGGGUACUCUUCUUGCCAAAGAGAUUUUUUUUUUUUUGAUCCUCUUGCCAAAGAGAUUGUUCUUCUGUUUUGGACCUCUCUGCUAGCUCUGUUGUAUGUACUGAAAAUACAGUUGGAAUUUGAGCUUAAGCCAAGUAAAAUUAUCAAGUGGGUUCCUUUUCA